UGUUUAUACCUGUCCAUGAAGGAUGACCUUGGUUUGCUGAGCUCGGACAAGAGAGGUGGAUUACGAUUGCCACACCAAAUACACUCCUGUAAUUCUAUUGUGGUAGACAAUCCGUCCGGAGUUCAUUUAUGUGAUUCACGCUCAACGAGUUAACAUCUUCUGGUUUGAAUAGAAAUACACCGGGUAGAUCGUAACUUGUAUCUAUAGUGAAAACUACUGUACUCGGAAUUUAUACGUAAAACUACUUGGAAUUUGACAACUUGCACUGGAAAUGCGCUGGUGGUGGAAUGCAAGUCAAGUAAAAUGGAUUAUUUUAACGGUACUUAUUGCUAUGGGCACAAGUCGCAUUAAUGUCACCGCACAAAACUAUUGUUCCCCCGAGUCUGUCGGCUUACAAAAUGGUGACCAUCAGUUGUCUGCGUCAAGUUCAGCCGAGUCCCGACCUGACAAUGCCCGUUACGACUCAGUUCAACCUGCUGGAUCUCCGCAGAUCUCUUGUUGGCAACCUGCGUCCACAGAUCUAAUGGCGUGGAUUCAGGUGGAUUUUGACCAGAUGUACGACAUCUGGAGCAUUCAAUUCCAAGAGUGCGGAGGCAGUGAAUCGGGAACCACCAACGUGCUAUUAAAUAAUGUGGAAUACAGUCUAAAUAGUAAUGGAGACAACUUCAUUACGUUUUUAGACCCAAAUGGACUCGACUUUGGGCCAGUAACUAUUGAUUCCCUCCAGUUUGAAGGUGGACUCGCGACGCCUGUCGAAUUUUGGAAGCCAAUUGUAGCACAUCGGCUGCGGUUGAAUGUUAGAGUGGGAUCAAGGUUCCGCUUUGAGGUGUUGGGAUGCAUACUGAAUUCCACUAACUGGUAUUGUGAUGAUGGAAAUAUCGAUAUCGAAGAUUCAGACAACCUUGUUUGCCCCUAUCCUGUAACAGCUGUUUUGGGGGAACUGGAUCGCUCAUCAUAUGCAGCUGAUUCUGAAUCUGAGGGCAAUGAAGGGUGGAGGGCAAGCUUUAGUGAGUCUGGAGGAUGGAGGCCGGCAUCAUCAGACACUCAGACUUCGUGCUUACGUAUAUCAUUUCCAUAUCGUAUGAGAGUAGAAGGAAUCAUCGGAAAAUUUGAUGGACAAGAGAAUCUGGCCGAUUUGUUCUAUUUUCAAGCUUCAUAUGAUGGUAGUUUUUGGAGCCUGAAUAGGAUAAUUGUUUUUGGUAGUGAUAUUACUGGUUGUACCCGGAGGACAUACUUUGAGUUUCCUAUUUUGGCGUUGCAAGUGCGCGUUUGUUGGAUAUCAAGCUCAUCAACUUUCUCUAGCAAACUAAGUGUCGAAAUACUUGGGUGUUUGAAUAAUGAAUGCUUGACUCCUCUACGCAUCAACCAGAAGAAAACAAUUAUGAAUUCGUUAACAACAAGUAGCGGUGACCAGGAUGAUCAGCAUUUUACACCAAACUCAGCCACUGAUAUCCUUGGUAGACUUGGUCUUGGUUGGAUCCCGUCAUCUUCUGAUGAAAACCAAUGGUUUGAGGUCGUCCUGGGCAAUCCUCAUAUAGUAUAUGCAAUAAUAUUACAAGGGUGUUCAUUCGAAGAGAAAUGGGUAAUGUCUUACAAAAUUGGUUACCAGAUGCCGUUAAUGAUUUACAUGGAAUACGAAUAUGAUGCUGAGAAUUAUGUUGUUAUACCAACAGAACAGGUUUUUGAAGGUAGUGUGGAUAAUAAUAGUUUCUCAAGGAAUGUCCUUCCUUACUCAAUUUUGACGAAUGUCCUCCGUAUUAUACCGGUCACGUGGCACAAUGGUAUCUGCCUGAAGUUAGAUCUUAUUGGUGGCGAGCCGCAAGAUUGUAUAAUGCCAAUUGAACCAAUUAGUCUUGAUCAAGUUAGUGCCACUAGGGAUGAAGAAGGUUAUUCUGCUAAUGACGUGUUUACAACAUGCUGGUACACGGAGAAUCCACUAGAUUGGCUACAGAUUGAUCUGUUUUACGACUACCUAAUAGCAGCAAUUGAUUUUCGGCAGACUGAUAGAUCCGGCCCAGGGGAGGCGUUUUAUUCAACAGCAUACCAUAUCAGUUACGUGUCCAGUAUUCAAGAAUCAUGGAAACUGUACAUAGAUAGUAAUGGCAAUCAGAAUAUUACGGAAUAUAACUACAUGGAGCUGGAUCACCCAUUCACUGCCAACAAAAUUAGGAUUUUUAUUGAUGGCGGUUGCAUGCGUAUUAAUAAUAUUUAUGGAUUUCCUGUAAAUGGUGUUAAGCUGCCUGUCUAUUGUGAUAUCAGUUCGGAAAUGGAUCAACAAAUGGGAAUGGAAAUGGACGAUCAAGUUUCAAAGUUUUACAAUGACUGUCCUUUUCCAAUCGGACUUGAGACUGGUAAGAUUGGUGAUCACCAAAUAUCAGCAUCCUCUUUUAUUGAUGGCGCCCAUUCACCCAACAGUGGACGCUUGAACCAUUAUCAUGGGUGGCAAGCAGGGAUCACUAACCGUGAGCAAUGGUUUCAAAUUGAUUUUGAUCAACGAAUGAUUAUUACGGGUUUGAUAAUACAAGGAAGUGACAGAUGUAAUGUGGAAAAAUUUAUAUUGAAAUAUGGUUAUCCUCCUGAGGAAAAUGAGAGCAUAACUUUUUACGAUUAUGUAGACCAAUCAAAUAAUGUUGAGGAGUUUAUGCUUUCUGAUGGCGCAAAUUGCACUAAAAUAUUUCGUUUAAAUCCAUACAUUCAUGCCAAUUCAAUACAAAUAAAUCCUAUAGAGUGGUUUAAUUGCAUUGGACUAAGAAUUGAAGCUCUUGGUUGCAAAGACAAAGACGGAUGUCCAUCCACAGCUGGUUUAUCAUCUGGAGAUAUCCCUGAUACGUCAUUGACAGCAUCGUCUACAGCGGAUGUCGAACAUGUUCCAUCAGCUGUACGUUUGAGUAGUCUAUCAUAUUCGGUAACUUGUUGGAGCCCGUUACGAACUGACAACCAGGCAUGGUUUACUGUUAAAAUCCCUCCGUCUAGUGUUUAUGGCAUUGUGAUGCGUGGAUGUGAAAGCAACCUAUGGGUGGAGAGGUUUACUUUGAGCUAUGUUGCUUAUGAAAGUGAUGAAACUGAUGUACUGGACACACGUGGAUUUAUCAAAGAAUUUUCUGCAAAUAUAAAUUCUUAUGAUUUAGCCUAUAUUGAGUUGGAAACACCUCUAAUUAACAUUGAAGCUCUCACUAUUCAUCCAAUACAAUGGUCUGACGGUAUUGGGAUGACCUUUGAACUAAUUGCUUGUCAGUAUGAGCCUUGUGCAGAGAGAUUAGGUCUUGAAUCUGGUGCAAUUACAGAUGAACAAAUUGAAAUAGGGUGGUCAGGUACUACGUAUGCGGGAUCUCUCAGAUUAUACGGUGACGUAUCUGAUUUAAAAGGUAUGAAAUCGUCUCUAGUAUAUGGCUACUAUAAAAUCUCUUUACUGGACCUGUAUUCAAUACGUGGUACUAUCACCCGAACAGUUGUUUCAGUAUUGUCAGAACCAGUGAUGUUCUGGAUUGCAUACAGAUAUACAAACGAAACCUUGACCUACCAAACAAUAGAUGGCAAAACAGAGAUGUUUGUUGGAGGUGAACUUCAGUUCGUAGAAGUAACCAACUUGCUUGACCGGCCAAUCAUUACCAGUGAAAUAACGUUCUACACAUAUGAUGGAGAAGGCUUGUCUUCGUUACAAUUUGAAGUCCUCGGUUGCUCACUCAGUGAUGCUGGUCCUAUGUGUACUGGCAAUGACAGAGUAACAAACGAUGGUUUCUGCUUUGGUACUGUUGAAAGUAGUGCUGCUACUGCAUGCCAUGAAAUAUUCUACCCUGAAGCCGAACCAGCUAUUAUUCGCUCGGAAGCUGAAACAGAUUUUAUUCGGAGAUAUACGGAUCGUUUCCAACGGGCAGCAUACAGCCUGUUUAUUAUCGGAGCGAAUGGCAAUAUGGAUGGUGAUUUAGUAUGGAGAGACUCUACACCAGUGCUGUACAACAAUUUCAUGGAGCAACCAGAUCACAUUGGUGAAAAUGAGUGUGUUGCUGUUGAUGGGCUUGAUCGACAGGAUUGGACUCUCUUUGACUGUGAAGAUAAUCUGUCGACAACUAGAGCAACGCUUUGCCAAGCAGAUCUUGAUGAAUGUAUACAAAGAGACAUCUGUUCCUUUGACUGUGUGAAUACACCGGGAAGUUACUACUGUAUCUGUCAACCGGGCUAUUACAUUGGAAAUGAUGGAAGUACAUGUGAUGAUGGUUGCAGGAUUCUUAACGAUGGUGCGGAAGUUGAAUGGAGUCCGGUGACUGGCCCACUUGACCUUGGGGGCAGCAUGUGCUAUACUAUUGUUAAUGUAACAAAUGAAGUGGAUGCCUCAAGAAUGUGUUCUCAACUUGAUGCAGAAUUGGCAGAUAGUUCAGUUGCUGAACUUUUUCCUAUUAUAUUAUGCAUGCAAAUUGAUAUGAAUGUGCAUGUUAAAUUCAUUUUCAGAAUGUUUUUUCGUAAGAUCGUUCUUCGAAAACCACUGAAUACCGAAGGCCCGGCAAUAUGUGUAGACAGCUUGACUAUUAAUGACAUUAAUCGUGACAAUAAUGUCUUAGCAGAGAUCUGCGAUAGUUUUGAAGAACUAACACUUCUAAGUCGAUCUAACAAAAUUAGUUUGAUACUUGGCAUCGGGGAGUUGACCAGUAAUGUUCCUCUCAGCAUUGGAUUUGAAGUGUUCUAUUCGGAACAAGAUUGUAUUAGAACGAGAAAUAGAAAGAAGAAAAUAACAAAAAUAGACUGCAACCAAGAACCAUGUGAUUAUGGAUGUGGUGUUGAAUCUGUUUACACAGCCCGGAGUGGACGCUUAUCAACACUCAACUAUCCCGAACCAGUCAGAGAUUUUGCCAACUGUGACUUCGUCAUUCAGGUUGAAAAAGGCAAAUACAUUGAAAUUGAGUUUCAAAAUUUUGGCAUUGCCUCGAAUGGUGAUGGAUCAUGCAAAGAUUCAUUGGAGGUGCUGGACACUGUGUAUGGCCGAGCAACUUUAACUGGGAGAAGAUGUGGAACUAUAAUGCCAACUGUAAGGUCCGCCACAUAUGCAGUUGUAAUUGUAGUCAAAACCGGAUCUGGAGGAGAGAGUAGAGGGUUUGAGGCUACUUACAGAACUGUUGAUAUCCCAGGAUGUGAUUUUGGUGUACAGCAAUGUUCAAGAAAUAAUGACUGUAAUUCGACAAGCGCAAUGAUUGCAUCGAUUAACUACCCAUACUCCUAUGAACCAAGUUGUGUAAAUGAGUGGGAAAUAAACGUACGCCUUGGAUCCUACAUAAAAUUUGAAAUUCUUGACAUUGAUCUCCGUUCGGGAAACGAAUGCAAAGAAGACUUUCUCAGAUUUUCCAUUCGUGAAAGCAAUGCUGACGUCAAUGACGACGCCGUGAUGCCACAAAUAUGUAAACCACUUCCAGACAAUGUGAUAUUUGCUCCAUCAAACUAUUUACGCGUUUUAUUUGACAGCAACGCAAAAGAUGAGGGAACCGGGUUUCUAGCACGUUACACAGAACAAACAUUUGAACCCGAGUUGAUUAACAAGAACAUAACAGGUUCGUGUCCUUCAGGGUGGAAGAAGUACAAUGCUCAGUGCUACGCAUUUCAGACUGCCGAUAAGAUGAUUGAUUGGAAUACUGCGCAUUCGAAUUGCGUUGCCAUAGGCGGAACGCUUGCCAGUAUAAGUACGUAUGAUGAAAUGCAGUAUAUACACUCAAUACUCAUCACUAAGCCGGACGUUAUUGGGCAAUAUGUGUACAUUGGUUUGAUGAGAGAAAACUUUGGCAGUCAACUUUUCAGAUGGAAUGACGGGCGACCAGCUAGCUAUAUGGAUUGGUAUCAAUCAUCUACGUACUUGCAAGAUGAGGUGGAGUAUCGGCAACCUGAGAUAAGCAACAUUGAAUCUUGCACAACAAUCGGGAUGGCAUCGGUCGCGGAGACAGAUCAAUGGCUUGUUGUGGCGUGUUCUUUUGAAAUUACCAGAUAUUACGUAUGCGAGACACCUUUACCAGGAUAUGAAAAUAUGGACAGUGUGGUUUUGAAGGUUCCGACAGUCAUUGACGAUUCACCAUGUAAAAGUGAUCAUCAGUUUCAAUGUUCAUUCCUUGAUUGUAUUGCAGCAGCAUUCGUUUGCGAUGGAAUAAUUGAUUGCUUCGAUGGCAGCGAUGAAGCAGAAUGUAACUUUGAAGUCUGCCCAGAAGGAUAUACAAGAAUAGGACCUAAUUGCAUUUCAUUGUCUCUCGUCUGUGAUGGAAGAAACGAUGUGAGAAAUGGUGGUGAUGAAAUAGGAUGUGGAUAUGUCAGAUGUUCCAACAGUGAAUUCCGAUGUGAAAAUGGAAAAUGUGUUAACGAAACUGUUGUUUGCAAUGGUGUUAAUGAUUGCGCUGAAGGAGAAGAUGAAUCAGAUUGUCUCAACUGUGCGCCUGGGUUCUUCCAGUGUCAUGACGGCAGCUGUAUUCCUAUGCAUGCCGUAUGUGACGGCGCAAAAGAUUGUGGAGGCAGAAAUUAUGAGGAUGAAGAGGAAGGAAUCUGUGAUGUCCAAAGUGAUACCAAUGAUACAGAUUGUUUAGAAAGAGGAAUACCUUGUAAUAACGGUGCCUGCGUGAGUACCAACUACCAAUGCCUCUACGAUAUAGAUCAAUACGGGAUUCAAGUUGGAUGCAGGGAUGCCACGCAUCUUCGAUUUUGUGAGGAUUUCCAAUGUCCGGAUUACAUGUUCAAAUGUCCUGAUUCUUACUGUAUACCAAUGAGACGACGAUGCGACUCUGUGUGGGAUUGUCCAAAUGGAGAGGAUGAGAAAGACUGCUCUUCAUAUUCUUGUGCCAACUACUAUCAUUGUCGCGCUUCCAGUCAAUGCAUUUCUCCCCAGGAGGUAUGUGAUGGAGUUAGAAACUGUCCGUCGGGUGAUGAUGAACAGUUUUGUGAUAUCUCUUGCCCCUCAAGCUGUACGUGUUCAGGAUUUGUAGUGAAAUGUUCCUCUACUAUAACUACUGCUGAUUUGGAACUUCUUCCAACUUCUGUCAGAUAUUUGGAUUUAAGUUCGAAUCUACCAACCGCUUCAACAGAAGGGCGAGCGAAAAGAACAGUCAUUGAUGACUUCUUACUUAUUCUUAAUAGAUUUCCCUUUCUUCAUACACUGGAUCUGUCAAAUAAUAGUAUAGAAGUUCUUUUUCCUGGUCAAUUUUCAUCACUUGUCAAUCUAAGAAAACUGAACCUUUCUCGCAACGCUAUAGAUUUCUUAGAAGAUCAGACGUUUGAGGGACUCAAAAACCUUAGCAUUUUGGACUUGAGUUACAAUGGUCUUGAAAAAAUUGAUAGAUAUGUAUUCAUGGACAUCAACAACACAAAGCAACUUUACAUUGAAGGCAACGACAUCACUGAUGUAGAUCUUGAUACCUUUAUAUACUUGGAGCUUGAUGUCCUGGAGUCUGAUGACUACAUGUUCUGUUGCAUAGCUACGGCUACAUCAUGUCUUCCAGAACCAGAUGAGUUUUCUUCUUGCAAAGAUCUGAUGCGAGAAAGUGUUUUACGAGUUUUUAUCUGGAUUUUAGGCCUCAGUGCUUUAAUAGGAAACUUUUGUGUAUUUCUGUGGAGAUUGAGAAUUAAGGAGAAAAACAAAGUCCAGGGAUACUUGAUUCAGAACCUCGCUGUUGCCGAUUUCUUCAUGGGUGUCUACUUGCUGAUCAUUGCAUCGGCAGAUAUCCACUAUCGCGAUAAUUAUGUGAUUAACGCCAGUGCAUGGAGAGGAAGCAAGUUAUGCAGUUUUGCCGGGUUUCUGUCGGUGCUAUCAAGUGAGAUGUCAGUGUACAUUUUAACGGUGAUCACUGUCGACCGCUUUAUCAGUAUCGUUUUUCCGUUCAGCAGAUUCAAGAUGCGAUCAAGAGGCGCUAUCCGUGUCCUUGCCAUUGGCUGGAUAUUGGUAUUUCUAGUGAGCAUUAUUCCAGCAAUUAACAGCGAAUACUUUGAUCAAUAUUACGGUAUCAAUGCAGUGUGCCUCGCACUUCCCAUCACGCACCAGGAACUUCCAGCUCCUGCAUAUUCAAUUUUUUUCUUUCUAGGAGUGAAUAUGGUUAGUUUUAUUAUUAUUGCCGUUUGCUAUACAACAAUGUACAUACGCGUCAAACAAUCAGCAGCUAAGUUAAAAGACAACGUCAUAAAGAAUGACAGCAAGAAAAAGGAAUUGAAAAUGGCGACUAAAAUGGCGGUGAUUGUUUUAACUGAUAUGUGCUGUUGGUUACCAAUUAUCAUUAUGGGAAUUCUUGCUCGCAGUGGCGCUAUUGAAAUACCCGGUGAUGUUUACGCUUGGACGGCUGUUUUUCUUUUACCUUUGAACUCGGCUAUUAACCCACAUCUCUACACAGUCUCUUCAUAUAUUACUUUGGAGAAGAAGAAAAAGAAGAAGGUAACGUCUAAAGUUACAGGUUCAACACCACUAAGUACUCCUCAGCCCAUGAAAAAAUUAAAUAAUAUUCCGAUGUGGGUUGUUCCUGAGAAUGUACAAAGGAAAAGACAACUGCUUCCAUAUUUACGAGAAUCUUCAAGCCAGGCCGUAACCAUAGCUACCAGAUUGAAAGAGAGUGAAGGGGGUGGAGUUAAAGAUGAGGAGCUAGCAUUAAUCGAAAAAAAAUAUUUGGAAGCAAUAAAUAUCAUUAGGAAUUGCCAGAAAGGGCCGAGUAAUUUCAUUAAAGAUGAGAAGCCAACUUUUGAAAAUGUAAAACCCCCUACCGAAGAUUACCUCCUUAAAACUGUUGAAGAUGACUUUUGUACAGAUGAUGAAGCAGACAAUAUAAUUAAAGGCGAUACAGAAGAUAUUAUUAUUAAGGUUGAUGAAGAAGACGCCAGUAAAUGCGAUGAAGAUGACAUCAGGAAAGGUGAUGAAGGUGAUGCCAGUAAAAGUAAUGAAGAUAAUGAAAGUAAAACUAAUGAAGAGGGUGUAAUGAUAGAAAACAACGAAGACACUGCCGAUACAACGUUUUAGAGGUCAACAACAAACAGUUACGUAGUUUCAACUGCGUAUGUCUAUGCCGAUACAACGUUUCAGAGCAGCUCAACGGGAAGCCGUUUUGAAAUUUCUGCGCAUGUCUAUGCCGAAGGUCAUUCAGCAUGGGACCUAUGUUAAUCUUAUUUGCAAAAUGUAUGCAAUAUACAUAAUGUUCAGUAUAAGACUGUGUAAAUACUGAUUGAGAAAACAUGUAUAAUCAAUUUAAUUAUUCAUUUAUUUUAUU